ACUUCACAUUAUUUCACGACUCACAUUCAUUUCCUUCCCCUACAAGCUUAUAUAUAAAAUAUUAAUGUCAAUAAAUGAGUAUUUUGACGCUUUCCUAAAACAAGGUUCCCCAUUUGAUGCUGAUUUUGUUUUAGCAAAGCUACAAUCAAUUUCAGUCUAUGGAAGGACAUCAAGACAUACUGUAGCUACAAAGAAAGGAAGGAACUGGAGCAGUUCCUUAUACAAAUAUCAAGCAUGCCUUGUUGACCACGACACAAAGGAAAGAAAGAUGUGUAAUGCCUGUGGAGUCUUCCUUUUCCUUUAUAGUGUUGCUCGCAAUGAGGAUCUGAUUGAGCAGAUAGGAAGGGAUAUAUAUUUUGAUCUUGUAAAUCAUGACAAAGUUCAUGAUUUUCGCAUUCCAAACGAAAUGCCUUUCUACCAUUUUAAGGAAAUGGUAGCCAAAGAGUUCGGUGUACCGGUGCAAUUUCAACGACCCUGGAUGUGGGCAGAGCGCCAAAAUCAUACAUACAGACCUUUUAGGCCUAUGACAUCGUUGGAAGAAGGAAACCCUGUUGGACAAGUGAGAGAAAUUUCACACACGAAGAGAAAGAGACAAGUGCUAAGGCUUUUUCUGGAAGUAGAACUUGACUGGAAUUCGCGGCCUGUUGCUCCUCCACAAAAGACUGAAGAGGAUAUCCUUUUAUUCAUUAAACUAUAUGACCCUUGGAAAGAAGAGCUGCGGUAUGUAGGAAGGCUUUUUGUAAAAUCAGGUGGGAAGCCUAAUGGAAUAGUGAAAAUUUUAAACAAAAUGGCUGGUUUCAAUAUUAAUGAAGAAAUUAUACUUUUUGAGGAGAUAAGAUUUGAACCUUGCAUCUUAUGUGAACUCAUUGACAACAUGGUCACAUUUCGUAUGAGUCAGCUUGAAGAUGGAGACAUCAUUUGCUUUCAGAAAUCACAAGGAAUCGAGCAAUGCCACUUUCCAGAUGUUCCAUCAUUUUUUGAGUAUCUUCUGACACGCAAGGGAGACUCUGUUCAAGCUCAGCCUAGUUUGCAAACUAUCAAUACAAAUGAUUGUGUAACUGAGCUCCCUCCAUCACAAAGGAACAUCACUCAAGAGCAAUCAACCCAAGUAGCAGUUCACUGGGACAUUUGCACUCAGGAGCCAAAUGUGGUUGAAGCAGCAAGAUGUUCUUCUCUUGCUUCAUUUGAUGCCUUGUUUGCUGACAUCCAAAGCCUUUUGGAAGUAAAGGCUGUUGAGGCUGGUAGUUCAAGCAGCCUCCAACGUUCAAUGCUUAGCAUUGAUGAGAUUACAAAUGCACAUAAAAUCGUUAAACAAUGCCUUGAUACGAAGCUUGGCAGCUUCAUCCAGUCAGGGAGAACACGUGAAUUUAAAAAUUCAGUUUCUAUUAUGCUUGCUGUCAAUUCAUUUCCCGAUAGCAAAGUAGAUGAGAUCACAAAGCUUCUGGAUAACUUCAACCAAACUUUUGAACGAUAUGUGGGUGCAGAGCAGGACAUAAGAGAGGCUGAACAGAAAGUGAGCUCAAUAAUUGAGUUGAAAACCUCUCUGAAGCAGUUGUCUUCUAAGUUCAUACCUACCAGGAAUCGAGUUGAGGAAGUUGAUCGAGACAUAGCAGAUAUGGAGAGACAGCUGGGUGAAAGGAAGGUGGAGAGGGCACAGCUUCAGAGCAUUCUUGAAGAUUUGGCUAGCAAAGCAACUGCAUCAAGACAAGCUUUGAUAAAUGCUGAACUGGACAUGAUGCCGUUAUGGCUCAAAAAAGAGGAAGCGGAGAAGACCGUUGACGACAUUGAAAAGUCUUGGGAGUCAUUGAAGGAUCAUUGCUUUCCUCUUCUUCAGUAAGCCAUCACAUGACAUGUCAUGGGAGCCCCUAACAACCAUACAUGAGCAAGUAGAAUGAAAAUUGUUGUGUAUCUUCACUCUACUUGCUUUUCAUUAUUUUUGCUCCUAUUUGGUUGUUAACUGCUGUGUUAGUGCUGAUGAGUAAUUUUGGCUAUUAAUAUUGACAUCGUAUACAUUUACAAAUUGUAAAGGCUCUUAUAUCGCUUGAUUGUCUUCCUCGUCGGAUGUACUUUGUCAAAACUUUUCUAGUGAAAUUUGGUCAACAAUCAUAAUAGGAAAGGAUCAACACUAUCAAUGUUUUCCACCAUUCGAGGAUGUAUCCAAUCUAGCAUUCUUGUUGUGAUCG